UUGUGAGGGGUGCUCAAUUCCUUCUUUUUCGCGUCUCCCGUGCGCAAGUUAAUUUCGUUUAGAAAAUAUUUCAUCAAAAAACGGGUUGAAAACUCUCAAAAUGAGUUUAUCAGCUGCUCGUCCAUUGGUCGGUGUAUACACUGACAAAAAUGAGGUUAUUAAAGAUACAACAGUUCCAUUGCCUGCGAUCUUCAAGGCUCCAAUUCGCCCAGAUGUCGUUAAUGAUGUUCAUCAAUUGAUGCGUCGUAAUGCACGUCAAGCAUAUGCAGUUAAUGCUGAAGCAGGUCAUCAAACGUCUGCUGAAUCUUGGGGAACUGGUCGUGCUGUAGCUCGUAUUCCUAGAGUACGUGGAGGAGGUACUCAUCGUUCAGGUCAGGGAGCUUUCGGUAAUAUGUGUCGUGGUGGUAGAAUGUUUGCUCCAACUAAGCCAUGGCGUAGAUGGCACCGUAGAAUCAGCGUCAACCAAAAACGUUACGCUGUUGUUUCAGCUAUUGCAGCUUCAGGCGUUCCAGCUUUAGUUCAAGCCAGAGGACAUGUCAUUGAUGGAAUUUCCGAACUUCCAUUGGUUGUAUCAGACAAGAUCCAGGAAUACACCAAGACAAAGCAAGCAGUCUUAUUCUUACGUCGCAACAAAUUGUGGGGAGAUGUUUUGAAGGUUUAUCGUUCAAAACGCUUCAGAGCUGGACGUGGUAAAAUGCGUGAUCGUCGUCGUAUCCAACGUCGUGGACCAUUGAUUGUUUACUCAAAGGAUGAUGGUUUACGUCGUGCAUUCCGUAAUAUUCCAGGCGUUGACACAAUGAGCGUACACAAGAUGAAUUUGUUGAAAUUGGCACCUGGUGGACAUUUAGGACGCUUAGUCGUUUGGACAGAAGCUGCAUUCAAGCAUUUGAAUGACUUGUUCGGAACAUGGAACGAACCAUCAAAGGUCAAGAAAGCAUAUAAUUUACCACAUCCAAUUAUGUCAAACACCGAUUUGACUCGUUUGCUUAAAUCACAAGAAAUCAAAUCAUGCUUGAAUGCACCGAAGAAGACAGUCUUCCGUCGUCAACGUCGUUUGAAUCCAUUGAAGAACGCUACCCAGAAGAUAAAACUCAAUCCAUUCUCUGAGGUCACUCGCCGUCGUGCAUUAUUAGCAAAGGAGAAGAAGAAGUUCGAGACAGUCAUUGAGAAGGCAAAGAAAAAGAAGAUUGAAUUGAAGAGCAGUCAUCCAGCUAUUGUGUAUCAAAAGAAUGUUGCUAACCGUCUUAAGCUCCUUAAUGCAGCCAAGAAAAAUAGAUUGGCUAGAGUUGCAGAAAAGAAAAAGGCUGAUGCCGCAAAGAAAGCCACAAAGAAGACAGUAGCACCCAAGAAGAAGUAAAUUAUAAAUUGCGUAUUGUAACGAAAAAAUGUAAAGGUUUAUAAAGAACAUAUUGAUUGAACCUUGUGAAUCCUGAAAUUUAUAAUAAACACUAAAAAGUCAAAAAACAGCA